AUGCCUCAAGCUCAACGAGGAGAUGGUAAGAGAGUCCACGGGAGGUUAUGUGGAAUGGAACUGCCUCGCCAGCAGUGCGGAUCGCUUCGGGGAAUCGAGAGCCAAAUUAAUGUAGCAUUUAACGGAAUGACAACAUUUUCAACAUUUUCCAAGGUUGGACUGUUGAAUUUUGAUGCAGGCAGACAGUUGAAUGUGGUGCUGGAAAGGUUCAUCGUGGUGCAAUCCGGAGCUGGAAAAACAGCUCGGUGUGGUCCUAAUCUUGCACCAUGCCAUGAUGCAAAAGUUCAUUGUGAUGCAAUUGAUGGUGGUUGA